CAAGCGCUCGCGCGAGAGCUAUGACGAGGUCCUCUCCGACACGCUGGGCUCAUUUGCGAUGGAGGUCAAGAAGAAGCGCGUGGAUCCUUCAUAUAAUGAAGGUAAGAUAUGAUGGGUCGCUUGAAUGCGCUUUCGGCCAUCCUGGAAGUCAAUCCGAUCACCCCUGAUCGCCUUCUCUCGUGCCUGCCUGAUGUCAACGAUUGGAGUCAGUUCAAUCAACUCAACCAGUUUUGCUCGACGCUUUUUGAAGAUGUCAGUGGAAAGGUCUUUGAGCCUCAGGCGUUCGAUACCCUCUUUCCAGAUUACGAUCAAAAGCAGAAUCCGAUCGCGUUGGAUGCAGGAUUUGGUAUUGAUGGACUUGCAAACUAUAAUGCUGCGUCUGCCAGUCUCAGCAACAACAGCGCCGUCAACAAUAACAUGGGCUUCAAUGGCGCUUCACAAGGAGAAUCGAUCUACAGCACGGUCAUUCCUGACGACCCAUAUCUCCCUACCGCGUCUAUGGCUCCCUCAAUGACAUAUGGGUCCACAGGCAUGGGAUGGGACGGCAUGGGAGUCGGCAUCCCGACGCAAGGUGUUGUCAGAUCCAUGCCCACAAGGGUCGGAAUCCAGCAGCCCGUCAACCCAUUCGACAACCGCAACAUCUCGUCAAUGAUCAAUGCCAGGAAUAGUCGCGCUAAGCCAGACGUGAAGAUUGAGCUUAAAGAGGAGAUUAUUGAGCCCAGGGUCGAGAUCAAGGCUGAGCGAAGCUAUGCAGACAUGAGUACUCAGACCAAGGCCAAGGAGAGGCAAGCAGCAGAUGGCGGCAUGAUGACGCUGCAGCGUCCAGCCGAAAAGAAGAAGCAGCAAAGGUCACCAUAUGAGGGAAUGGAUCCAACUCUUCUCAUGCUGUCGGCGCCUGCAGUCCCUGACACGCCGUUGCCAGAGCUCGAAAGGAAUGUCGAGGAUCUGGAACAGGCUGCUGCUGAGGACAGUACUCGCGGAUCGCAGGAAUCGGAAGCUGCGGCCGCCUCGACCACGCCGUCGACGCCUACAAGCAAAUACGGAGGGUAUGUCGAGAAGGCGCGUGCCAAGCAGGCAGCAGUUGCUGCUGCUGCCGCAGCCACUGCACCUGUAGAGCCGUUGGACCCAUUGGAGGCGAUGACACGUCAGCUGGCCCAGACGCACUUGGAUGAGUCCAAUGUGAAGAUCGUGACCAAACCCGCAACGGUCAAGCCUGUGACUGAGGGCGACAUGGAGAGACAAAUCAAGGCCGCCAAGGCAAGAGCGAUGUGCUCACAGGAUCCUGUCCGCAAACAGCAUGCUGAGGUCAUCUUGAGUCUUCUCAAGAGCAUCGAUACCCUGAUGGCCGAACACCGCCAAAAGGUCGCCUUGUACAAGGAAACUCAGGCCAGGCAAGAAGCCGGGUCCAUUCGCGGCUCAUCCCCCAGUAUUUAUCCAAGAACCGGUGUCAAUGCGCAGAAGCAGGGACAGAUUCGAACCGUUUCCUCAUACCUGCCUCGACGCCCGCCUUACCAGUCCUCGCCACUACACCAGGAGCAGUCAGGAUCAGAUCCGGCCUACAGCCAAUUGCGCUCGAAUUUGAACGACAGCCCAUCAGCAUACGCUUCGGCAAAUGCUACUUCAUCAUCGUCGGACACGCCAGUGUUUUAUCCAAGUCCCAACCUGCAGCAGACGCCGGAUGAGGAACCGUUUGAGCUGUCAGAGGAAGAGAGGCGAUUUAUUGAGGAGGAUAACGCCAGGAUUGCAGCGGCGCGACAAGAAGCGGAUCGACAGGUUCAUGUAUAAACCAGCGCAGACCCAUUGAACAGGUAGCCUCAUAUAUCCUUAUUCCAUCUCCAAUGCAUUAGUUUUUUUGUUUGUCUAUAUCAUAAAUCACAAAUCAUAAAAUAAAAAAGCGAUUGAUUCCUUCGACUUGG